AUGGAUGCCACUAUGUUUAUGGACAUUAAGAAAAAGUACAAACAGUGUUCCAGAAGAAAGGAGAUGCUUGAAAAUCCACUAAUUGUAGACAAAGCAAAUUAUUUGUCUGGUAUGUGGACUGUCAAUGUUAUUGGAUGCCUGGGUAAUCUAAUGGGACAGUAUGCUACCCUUUACUCCCUUGCCAAAAUGAAUGGCCACCAAGCCUACAUCUUUCCAAAAAUGCACGAAAAACUGUCAGAGAUCUUUAAGAUAAGAUUGCCAGUGGUUAACCAGAAUGUAAUAAACAAAAUCAAACGGAGGCAUUAUAGGCUUCAUGACUGGAUGUGUGAAGAGUACAGACAUAUUAAAGGGGAAUAUGUUUAUCUUACUGGCUACCCAUGUUCUUUUACAUUUUAUCACCACAUAAGUAAGGAGAUUCUACGGGAAUUUACAUUCCAUGACUUCAUAGUAGAAGAGUCAUAUGCCUAUUUAAACAAAAUACGUGGAGACAAGAAAAAUGUCACUUUUGUAGGAGUUCACGUGCGUCGAGGAGACUAUGUCUAUUCAAUGCCCAAGAUAUGGAAAGGCGUGGUCGCUGACAAAGGAUAUUUGCAAAAAGCCACGGACUAUUUCAGAAACAAAUAUCAAAACCCAGUGUUCACUGUAACCAGUAAUGGAAUGGAUUGGUGUACUGCCAACAUCAAUAAUUCACUGGGAGAUGUCUACUUUGCUGGAGAUGGUCAAGUGAGAACCCCAGGUCAGGACUUUGCCCUUCUUGCACAUUGUAACCAUACCAUCAUGACAAUAGGGACCUUUGGUAUUUGGGUGGGCUACUUGGUAGGUGGUGAAACCAUCUACUUAACAAACUACACACUUCCCGACUCUCCUUUUCUUAAACUUUUUAAAUAUAUAGCUGCCUUUCUUCCAGAAUGGAUUGGAAUUGCUGCAGACCUCUCUCCACUUUUAAAUACAGAUAAGAUCUAA